CAGCGCUCAUGCAACAUCGCCAACAGCCUACCCAAGACAGUCCAUAGACAGUCCGCUAUAUAGGUUCACUUGACUUGCAGUCUCUGUUCUCUGACGCCACUCAUGUAGAGGCGGAACGCAUCACAGCCGAUCUGUUCAGCUUUAAGACUUUUGAAGCAUAGAUUUGAUAGUCGAAUUGUAGAAUAUUGUGUUAUUGCAGAGGACGGAAUUAAAUAAAUCCAAAUAACUCCAUGUACUGCUCAACGGCUACAGGAGUCCGUCUGCCAGUAAGAUGAGGUUGCUACAACGCUGACCGACAACACGUCUCACACACUGGAUCACAGUAACCUGUAUGCCACACACUCCUGCAGACCAAGAUGUGUGGAUCUGCCCUGUCUCGGUGGCUGAUGCUGUGUCUGCAGCUAUUGGUGAUGCUGGUUUUCAGGACACAAGGUGAGGUCAUCGCCCCCUCCAGCAUGACCGCUGUGGCGGGCCUCCCCUUCACGCUGGGCUGUAACAUCACCAUAGCGACUGGCGACACGGUCAAGCAGGUCCGCUGGCUGAACAAACACAAGCAGGUUCUCUUGGCGUACGAGCCGGGCGAGUCGGUCAGAACCACCUCCCGCCAAGACAACGUGGAGCUAACUUCAUCGCACCUUAACGUCAGCGCCAUCACCAUCAAGAGGGCGGGGCCUAACGACGAGGGCUGCUACCACUGCAUCUUUGACAUCUACCCCAGCGGAGCACAGGAGGGAAAGACCUGCCUCAGUAUCGAAGUCAAAGUGGGCAACGAGGGUAAUAAAACAGCCAUCAGCGGGAAGCUGGCCACCAUGUCCUGCUGGUACGGCCUCCCAGACAAAGUACGCCAGGUCCUGUGGAGAAAGACUGCAGAGCAGGGCGACACGACCACGUUGGCCUCCUUUGCCAAGCGAGGCCAACCCAGCAUUGAGGAACCUUAUCGGGGACGCAUGACCCUGAACCCCUCCCUGGGAGACACCCUGCUGUCCAUCAGGCCGGUGAAGACGGAGGACGAGGGCUGCUACACCUGCGAGUUCCACACCUACCCAGAAGGCACCAGGAGUGCCACGGCCUGCCUCUUUGUAUAUGUGCUGCCCAACCCAGAGAUCACCUACAUGGCCUCCAGCGGGAUCAUCGAGGCCAACUGCACAGCCGCAGCCCGUCCUGCAGCCCAGAUGGUAUGGAAUGUGGAGGGGGACAACCGGACGCUGGGGCCGUCCGUGUCCUCAUCCUACGACCAGGGGGACGGCACCACCCUGGUCACCAGCACCCUCCUCCUCCAGGAGGGUCUGCCCCACGACCUAUCCGUCAAAUGCAUGGUGCACCACCGAGGCCUGGACUCGCCCAUGUCCGUCAACCUCAAUGUUGGUCCGGCCCUCACUACUAUCAUCUCAGUAUCCUGUGUGGCAGCCCUGCUCCUGUGCUGUCUGUGUGUGUGCCUCUGCAAGUGCUUCCUGUGCCGAGACUAUUGAGAUUUGACCUGGAAUGGUGGAAGAAGGACUGUUUUGAUGAAAAGCCAGAGUUCUGGUCAUCCAGCUAGGCCUAUCAGCUCCUCAGCACCAUACGCUCCAUGUCUGUUAGGAGGAACAGCUCACUACAGUACUACACAUCACCAUACGCUCCAUGUCUGUUAGGAGGAACAGCUCACUACAGUACUACACAUCACCAUACGCUCCAUGUCUGUUAGGAGGAACAGCUCACUACAGUACUACACAUCACCAUACGCUCCAUGUCUGUUAGGAGGAACAGCUCCCUACAGUACUACACAUCACCAUACGCUCCAUGUCUGUUAGGAGGAACAGCUCACUACAGUACUACACAUCACCAUACGCUCCAUGUCUGUUAGGAGGAACAGCUCACUACAGUACUACACAUCACCAUACGCUCCAUGUCUGUUAGGAGGAACAGCUCACUACAGUACUACACAUCACCAACAGUUCCCCAGGCCCCACUGGGUGAACUGGACAUAAACCUUCAUCCCACAAGUGACAACAACAUCAACAACACUAAAGCCAUGUUUCUAUUAACAGUAGAUAUAGAGACACUUAGUAGGAGGUUUUUAAAUGAUAUGUUCGCAAAAACGUUCUCAUUACACACUGUAAUGUUUUUUAACAGUUACAGUGUGUUUAAGGACCAGGCUGCUUUUUUGUGUAGGAGUUCUCCUGUUAUUUGUUUGUGUAAUUUUGCUGCUGUUAUGGGGGGGGUGUGUGUGUGUGUGUGUGUGUGUGUGUGUGUGAGAGAGAGCGAGAGAGAGAGAUAUCUUUAUUUUAUGACUCAAAAACACACAAGUUGACUUCAUGGGAGUUCCAGUAUUAAAAUACAAUUGCAACUUGCCAUGUAUAUUACAGCUAGCUAGAUGACAUUUAGAAUACAAACAAUAUCAUAUAUAUUUCUCAUGCUCAAUAUUUAACUUACAUAUUUACAACAGGGUAUGACAUAAUGUCUGUCUCGUGUGUGCCUUUCCUGUUGAAGCAUAUUCCUACCAUCUGCCCAUUUGAAUUGAAGGUGGAAUUAUAGCAGGAAAAUGGUUCCAUACUUUUCAGCCUGUUUAAACCUCACAACAGAUGUAGGAAUACAAAUGAAGUACUACUGUUUAUUAGCAAUAAACUCUUCAGCAUCUUCCUAAAGUCAGUAUUACAAACCCUAUAGUUUAACGUCACACCAAAUCAGCCUACCCAAAAUAGUCUAGACAACGAUGGAAGUUGACGUGAUUGUGUCAAUGAAAUAUGCCAUUAGAUGGCAGGUUGUGUGUAUCAGAAUAGCUUUUUAGUCUGCUGUCCCUUACGACACUGUGAAUAUUCCUGUUGCAGUGUCAAACAGCACUAAUAGUGAGCUUAGCUGUGUGUUUCUAAAUGAUGCCUGAGGAUUACUGGUGAAUAGAUCUACUGCGGCUUCAGAAAGUAAUCACCCUUUGUCUUUCUCCACAUGUUGUUGUGUUACAGUCUGAAUUUAAAAUGGAUUCAAUUGAGAUUAUGUGUCACUGGCCUAUUACAAAGUAAUUAAAAAUGAAAAGCUGAAA